GGCAGACAUGGUAUUAACCUCGGCUCCGACCAAUAACGGCGAGGAAGAAGAUAAGAAGCUCCUCUCGAUCACCAUGCAAAGUCAUCUUCAUCAUAGCCGUCGUCGUCAUCAAGGCCCUGUACACGAAUUUCGCCAUUGAAGGGGUAAAGCGGAAGUAAGAAGAUGUGCGACUCCAUCGACCUCCCUCAAGAGAUCCUGAUCCAUAUCCUCGCGAAAUUGCCCGUCAAAUCGCUCGUCAGGUUCCGGUGCGUCUCCAAAUCAUGGGACGCCCUCGUCACGGACCCUUCUUUCGUCUCCCUCCAUCUCCGCCACGCGAUGGCGAGCCACGACCACUCCGUCGUCCUCCUCCGGCACUACUCGCUCACCGAGCGCAAGGAGCGCAACACGCUCUACCGCGACGGGGAGUCUUUCUUGGAGCAUCAGGAGCUCGAAUUCCCCUUGAUGACCUACGACACUUACUACCUCGCCGGUUAUUGUAAUGGGUUGCUCUGCUUUUCCGACUAUAUCAUCAACCACCUCCAGGUAAUCCUCUGGAACCCGUCUCUCCGAAAGUGCGUGCGGUUGCCGAUCCCGCGGUUUGUCGAUACUGAUAUCACGCACACGUAUGUUCUCGGCUUCGGAUUUGAUUCGCGGCGCGUCGAUUACAAGGUCGUGAGGUUGAUUUACAUGCUGGGGAGGAAUUGGUCUGUCAUAGUGCCACCGGAGGUCGAGGUCUAUGAGCUUAAAACUAAUGCUUGGCGAGGUAUCCAGGCGGCCGUUCCUUAUGUCAUACCGGAAUCUUCGUCUCAGGCCUUUGUGAAUGGGGCUAUCCAUUGGAUUGGGUAUAACCCGGAUGAUAAGGUGGCUUCUUAUCCUAGGUCGAUUGUGGUGUUAUUCGAUAUGAACGAUGAGGUGUUUGGGGAAAUGGAGUUGCCGAAAGGCGGGGAUUAUGCAAACAGGCUGAAUUUGUCGCUGGCCGUGCAUCAAGAUUCGAUUUGCUUGUUGCAUUGCCAUCCGAUGGAAGAAGAUGGGCAUCAGUUGUAUGGGGUUUGUUGGGUCUGGGUCAUGAAAGAAUACGGCGCGUCGGACUCCUGGUCUAAGCUGCUCACCAUUAACAUCGGGGAGCACGGCGGGAUCGGGAGGGUGUUAGGUUUUAGGAAACAGGGGGACGUUCUGCUCGUGACUCACAAUGACGAGCUGGUUUCAUAUGACUCGAGGAGUCAGAGUAUUAGUCGGCUUGGAUUGUAUGGUGUGGCGAGAUCCUUCGAAGUCAUCCCGUACAUGGAUUGCCUAGUUUUAUUGUAAGGAGAGGAUACACACUCUUCAGACAACCAAUUAUUUCCAGCAGAACAUGGUUUGAUGAGAAAACAUGUUCUUAUUUCAUGGCUGGUUAGGUUGUAGGUAGCUUACGUUGGAUUUCUCUCUACUGAACCAGAGUGAUUAGAGAUACUUAGACUUUAGUUGUUUUAUAGGGUCGAUUACUGGACUGAUGGAGUGUCUCCUUUUACUUGUCUGUAUGAUGUUUUAUUUUUUGGGAGUUUCAGAUGGUUGAUUGGAUGUAUGCUACUGUUAGUUGGGGCUCCUAUUGCUACUGUUAGUUGUCCUAGCAAAAGAAUGAUAAUAAUCUCUUUGUUCCUGGUUUGUUCAUUUAUUCAUCAGACUAGAUCAAUCUACGGUAUCUCCAGGUUCAGUUCUUUUACACUUUCAUGGAA